GGUAGUGGCGGGGGCGCGGGCGUCGGGAGCGCGCGGUCCCGCCAUGAAGCAAGAGGAGGAUGCCAGCCCAGAGGCUGGCUUCUGUCUGGGUGCUGCCCUGCAGUCCUGGGGGCUGCAGUUGACGGAACAGCAUUCACAGUCCACCAUGCUGAUGGGGAUUGUGAUUGGAGCCCUCCUGGCCCUGGCCCUCGUUGGCAUCACCGUCUUCUUUGUGUACAGAAGGGUUAACCGAUUCCGACAAGUACAACCCACUCCUCAGUACAGGUUCCGGAAGAGAGACAAAGUGAUGUUUUAUGGCCGGAAGAUCAUGAGGAAGGUGACCACGCUGCCCCACACACUUGUGGGGAGCACGGCAGCCCCCCGGCAGCGGGUGAGGAAGAGGACCAAGGUGCUGUCUUUGGCCAAGAGGAUUCUGCGUUUCAAAAAGGAGUACCCAACCCUGCAGCCAAAGGAACCACCACCCUCCCUGCUGGAGGCUGACCUCACGGAGUUUGACGUGAAGAAUUCUCACCUGCCGUCAGAAGUGUUGUACAUGCUGAAGAACGUGCGGGUCCUGGGCCACUUCGAGAAGCCACUGUUCCUGGAGCUUUGCAAACACAUGGUCUUCGUGCAGCUUCUCGAAGGGGAACAUGUCUUCCAGCCGGGGGAGCCGGAUACCAGCAUCUAUGUGGUGCAGGACGGGCGCCUGGAAGUCUGCAUCCAGGACGCGAACACCCUCCAGUGGUUGGGUAUUGAUCUGCCACCAUCCGUUGCACCCACCCUUGCCUUAUGUUCGAGUUUUAGAUUGUGAAUGAUUCUAACUCUAGGAAAAUAAUUAAGGUAUUAAUUUGCUUGAAAAGAUACACUUACUUUCUGCCUCUGUUGAAUUACAGCCUUGAAUCAGAAUUGCCAGGGGGCGAUCUCCAGGCCAAGCCUGUGCAGGUCUUGCUUUCCAGCAGGGCGCGUCCUUUGAUGUGCCCAGUAGUGUGAUCCAGGCUUCCCACCUCUUGUUGUUGAAGCAGACACCCGGGGAGCCCCAGGCUGCAUGAGGUGGCCCGCUGACCUUAAGGAGGUCCCCACCUGCCUGAACCCUGGGGGUGGGCCCUGACCCAGCUUGGAUCCCACGUGUCCUUUCUAGCCACAAUGUUGUCUGUGUGUGUCGCUUCAUCUACACUGGACUUGAUGGGAUGAUGAAAGGGAAAUGGUCUUCGUCCAGCCUCCUCCCGUCUGAGCCAUCAGUGUCCAGGGCUGUCGCCACCCAGCUGGUGGGCCUUUCCUGGAAUGGAGCCUUUGGACCAGAAGGAGGGGUUCUUGGAGGCUGACCAGGGCCAAGUUUGAACAAGUUCAAAAGGAUUUUCCUGGGUUAAGCUGAGAUGAAGUUCCUAUACUAAAUAACCACCAUAGUUUCCUUUCUUUUUUAAUCCAGUGGAAAAAUAUAUCAAAAUGCUGUGAUUUAUACCAGUAACAACUGA